AUGUUGCCUGCUAACGUCGUGUCCUUUGUCAAAAAGAUGGUGACGACGCAACCAGAUUCCGGAACAACCGCAUCGGUUACGCCGGAUGAAGGCGGCACCACCUUUAGUAAAUGGAGACAGCUGGGAAGCGACGUGAUACGGAACGUUACAAAAUUUGGUCCUACGAAAGUCACACCAGCUGAGGAGACCCCAUCCAAGGAAGAAACGACAACGGAAUCAACGAAAACGAAGUCGAAAACCGGGGACGAUUGCAGGGUGUGCCGGAAGUCGUUCGAGCCCGAAGAAGCCUCGAGAAUCUGCUGCGAGUGUCAACACAAAGUUUGCGAGGACUGCGCCUGCUAUUCAACGACAACGAAUGCAGACGAUCCGUCGUCCUGGCGUUGCAGCGUGUGUCGUCGAAAAAUCGCGUCUCGAGAUCAGCCAAUCGUGACCCAGGAAUCGACCGAUUCCCUGCUCGAAGUUCCCGUAUUGGAAGCGUUACAAAGGAGGCACAGCGACGCGAGACUUGGUUGUCAAAGCGGAACUCAAAUCGGUAGCCUGGGUUCCGGAUUGGCGCCUCCGAGGAGCCCGGAACUCAGAAGACACUCGGAUGUGCCGCUGGCCAGUUUGAAGGAUCUCGAGAAGUUUCGAAAGGUUGCAGGGGAACGCCGCGAAGAUCUGAGAUGGGAGCCGGAGCGCAACAACAGGUCUAGGGCGACCUCGCCAGAUCGUCACCAGGUCGAUAGAGGAAGGGCUACCAGCCCCCAGAGAGGCGCUAUCGAACCUUCUUCCGGCACGGAUCCAUCUGAAGUAAUGCCGCUCGGCGUGGACGAAGAAGAGGAGCGUCAAAGAUGGACUCGUCGCAGUAGCACGGUUCGUUGUAAGUCACGGAUGACCAGGCAAAGGUCGUACGACGACGAAAUGAAGAACGUAGCAGCGAUGUCCGGAGGCAGUGGGCAGCACGCGCUUCCGGAGCCUGGCCUAGGACUUCCGGUGCAGCUGCCGAGGCGAGCAUCAGCCUACGACGUGUAUGCCGCGCCAGGAGUUGUCGGUGGACUAAACGCCAUGACCAUCGCGGCUGCCCAGCAGAGAGCAUCGAUCUCCGCGCAAGGUGGCAGGAAACCAGAGGAAAGACCGUCCGGUCGUAGAUCAUCGUUUCGAGCAGUGAAGCCGGUGAUGCCGUACGAAGUCGGAGCUGAAGAUGAAAGUAUGAUGAACUUGGAAGCAUCUGCAGUAUCAGUGGUUCCACCAACGGUGGUUCCUCAGCCCGUUUUGAUUCCUGACGAGGAACGACGCACUAGACGAAAAGGCUCUCAAUUGCCGGAUAUAAACGCCAUAAAGGCGUUGGCAUCCUCCGUCGCUCCAGGAGCGGCAAAAGUAGCUCCUCCAUCGGCGGUGAAUAGGGUUGCAGCCGAAGAUCGUGAGCUGGCUCGACAAGGAAGUCUCGUGGACGGGGAAAGCAUCAAGAUCGUUAUCCACCAUGCGGACAAUGACAUGACACCGUGGGUGAACGCGAAGAGAAGGGUGAAGUUAAGAAGAGAUCCAACUUUGGACACAGGGCACAGAACCACUGGUUUUGGGUUAAGAGUGGUUCGCGGUAAAACAGGGGCUGAUGGACGUACUUUUGUAUACGUGAUGUGGACCGUGCCAGAUGGACCGGCAGCAAAGGCUGGUAUACAACGUGGCGACAAGGUGUUAGAAUGGGCCGGAGUGUCUCUGGUAGAUCGAAGCUUCGAGCAAGUAGCACAGAUAACCGAACGAGAGGACGACGUGGUCGAGCUGGUAGUCGAGCAUGCUACCGACACCGGGGACUUGCCGGAGGAGCUAGCCGCGGUGCCGUCUUCGGGAAAAACGCCGGGGAAUCUGGGACUGCUGAUGGAAGGGGAAACGGAUAAAACGCCCUCAUCACCAACGCACAGGAAACUGCCAAAGACGCCGGUAUAA